CUUUUUCUUAUCUUUAUUGAAUUCCUCUUUAUGUUUCCGCCUUGUAGACUUUGAUCAUAUCUCCAAAAGAUGGCCUCUGAUGCUGGGAACCCAGCAAAGAAAACGAAAGAUGAAGAAGAAAAGCCCACGAAUUUCUUAGAUGCACUUCCUCGAGAAGUGGCUGUUGGUAUCAUCUCAAGGCUGCCCAUAAGAUCCCUUAUUCAAUCAAGGUUCGUAUGCAAAUUUUGGCGAGAGUUAUCAUGUGAUCCACAUCUUGUUAAUUUGCAUCUAUGCAGAGUUUUAAAGAGCAAUAAUCCAUGUUUCAUAUUUCAUUGUGAUGUCCCAAUAAAGAAUCACCUUUACUUUGUUGAAUCUCUGAAUCAAAAAGAGGAUGUUGAUGGUAGUAUUAAGUUAGAGAAAUUAAGAAGGAUUGAUGCACCUUUUUCCGAUUCAGUGCCUGAAUUUAAUGUGAUUGGAUCUUGCAAUGGUAUCAUUUGUCUUGAGGAUUCGCUUUUCGAAGAGGCACUGUAUUUGUACAAUCCCUUUACUCAGGAUUAUGCGAAACUGCCUAAGUCCAGAGUUUUUGAGGAUCAGGUAGUUAUGUAUGGAUUUGGAUUUCAUCCUGUUACAAACGAAUACAAAGUGAUAAAGAUAGCUUUUUACCCAAGUACUCUUGACAUGAAUGCUGCCUUGUCAUUUCGCCGGUUUGCGAGGCAAAGGAAUGCAAAAUCGGAUGUCCAAAUAUUUACUCUGGGCAGUGACAGAUGGAGAAGUAUUGGAAGUACACCCUUUGUAUUUCAGAGAAGGUCAAGUCCUGUUUUAUUGAACGGAAGAUUACACUGGACGACAGUAUACGACUCAUACAAUGGCCGGCCAGACCGGCUUAUAGUAUCAUUGGAUAUAGCGGAUGAGAAAUUCAGGGAGAUUCCGGGUCCUGAAUUGAAUCAUAGGAUGAGUCGGCAGAAUUACCACCUUGCAGUUUUGGUAGAGAACCUCUGUGUUGCUGUUCCCAUGGCAUCGGUUUCCGGGACUUUAGAUGUUUGGGUUAUGAAAGAAUACAACAGGAAAGAGUCUUGGGUAAAAGAGAUGAAGAUUCCAAUUUAUACUCCUUCACUGAAGACUCGAGAAUAUUCUAGAUCAUAUGGGAUUUGGCGAAAUGUUUUGGUUGGGAAGGUCGUUCGGGUUGUAUGCUUGUUAAGCAAUGGAGAUAUUCUGUUGGAGUACAAAGGUGGCUUGCUGGUUUCUUACAAUCAAGAUACAGGAAUGUUUAGGGAUAUAACAUUUCCAGGACUUCCUAAUCCAUGCAAGCUUAUUGUUCAUGUUGGGACACUUAACCGAGUCAUGGCUCCUUCCGAGAUUUUGACCCAACCAACCCUUGCUUAAUACGGAGCAAAGCUAAGGAGAUUGAAUUCAUAAAAUGCAACACUUCUGGAAAUGGCGAGAGACAAAUAGAUGGAGCAGAAAUGACCUUUAUGGAUGUGAUAUCAUCUCAUUUUCCCUAUGUAACAUUACUUCCAAUUGUGCAAAGUCAUUUCACUCUCGGAGUUAGUAGAUACUUCUCAUUGUCAUUUCAUUUGUGCAGGUGAUUAGUUCUCAUGGCUAUUUAUGAGCACCAAUAUUAUGUUCUUUAACGCACUUAUCAUAUCUCAAAGUUAGCCGCAAGCUUUCAUUGAUUAGAACAAUGUUUCAAAAAAGAUCAGCGAAGAAGUUUGUUAGUUAGGAUUUAGGAAG